AUGUCCGACACCGAAUUCGAGUCGAUCAGGAAGCUACAGGCUGAGAGGAAUGCUGCCUCUGCUGGUAAGAAGGGAUCGAAGACGUUUGAUCCAUCAAGUCAGCGAACUGAUGUUUCCACCAAGGCCUCCUUGACAGAAAGCUUCGAUACUAGCCUUUAUGAACGCGAUGGCCUUGAUAAAUUCGCAGGUUAUAAUACUUCCAUCGCAGUCGCAGAUGGCAACGAUGAUGAAAUGGAGGAAGCCGAUACCAGCCGACGAUUGGUAGGCCAAUAUACAGCUUCCAAGGAACAGAUGAACGAAUUCGCGCAUGGUAAUGGGGUCGAGGAGGAAGAUAUUCUGUUGGGUAGAGAGAAAAGUGCACGAAUUUCAGAUCGCGAAACCGACUACCAGAAGCGUCGGCACGAUCGCGUCUUGACUCCCACAAGAACUGAUGGAAAUGCUGAAAGCUACCGAGAUGUGAUGGCCCGAAGAGAACUCGAGCGCGAGGAGGAAAGAGUUAGAAAAGCUAUUGAGGAGAAGAAGGCGAACGGCGAAGCUGUUCACCAUAACUCAACUCUGACCAAGGAAGACAUUGACUCUCCCGGUGACAAGGAGAAUGACGAAGCUGGCUCUGCGGAAGCUGUCACAAAUGGACGCAAAAGAAAGAAGAGAUGGGAUGUGGCUACUGAAGAAGAUGCUAGCAUGGCUCCACCAUCAUCAGAGGCUAAAACUAAACGUUCGAGAUGGGAUCAAACGCCAGCAGUAGGAGGUGCCGCAGUUGAUGAAACUCCUAGGAGAAGGUCUAGAUGGGAUCAAGCACCUGCCGCCACCCCCAUGGGCAAUCAAGGAUUAGUAACUCCAAUGCAUCCCUCACAAAUGGGUGGUCCAGCUAUACCAACUACAUUCGGAACUGAUAUCUCGUCAAGAAAUGCGCCACUGUCAGACGAGGAGCUCGACAUGAUGUUACCAUCUGAAGGCUACAAAAUCUUAGAACCUCCACCUGGUUACGCUCCAGUACGAACUAUUGCUCAAAAAGUCAUGGCUACACCUUUACCUGCUGGAGGGUUCAUGAUGCAAGACCCAGAAAGCGGAAGGCAAUUGGCAAAGCAGCUUCCAACAGAAAUACCCGGCGUGGGCGACCUACAAUUCUUCAAGGCGGAGGAUAUGACAUAUUUCGGAAAACUCACAGAUGGCAGCGAUGAAAAUUCCAUGAGUGUCGAAGAACUUAAAGAGAGGAAGAUCAUGAGGCUUUUACUCAAAGUCAAGAAUGGUACUCCACCUAUGCGAAAAACUGCUUUGCGUCAACUCACGGAUAAUGCGAGACAAUUUGGUGCCGGACCUUUGUUCAAUCAGAUUCUUCCAUUGCUUAUGGAAAAGACUUUGGAGGACCAGGAGCGGCAUUUGCUAGUCAAGGUUAUUGACCGUAUCCUCUACAAGCUUGAUGACCUUGUCAGACCUUACGUUCACAAAAUUUUGGUCGUCAUCGAACCGCUGCUCAUCGAUCAAGAUUACUACGCUCGAGUGGAAGGUCGAGAAAUUAUCUCCAAUCUCAGUAAAGCCGCCGGUUUAGCCCACAUGAUCAGUACUAUGCGACCUGAUAUUGAUCAUGUUGAUGAAUAUGUACGAAACACAACGGCGAGAGCGUUCGCUGUUGUUGCUUCUGCAUUAGGUAUACCUGCACUUCUUCCUUUCCUACGAGCUGUUUGUAGGAGUAAGAAGUCAUGGCAAGCAAGACAUACUGGUGUUAAGAUUGUUCAACAAAUUCCUAUUCUGAUGGGAUGUGCUGUUCUUCCUCAUUUAAAGGGUCUAGUUGAUUGUAUCGGUGGUAAUCUUAACGACGAUCAAACAAAAGUUCGUACUGUCACCAGUUUGGCGAUUGCAGCUUUAGCAGAGGCAGCAAAUCCUUAUGGUAUUGAAAGUUUCGAUGAUAUUCUGAACCCGUUAUGGAGUGGAGCAAGAAAACAGCGCGGAAAGGGUCUCGCUGGUUUUUUGAAGGCUGUUGGGUAUAUCAUUCCCUUGAUGGACGAAGAAUACGCCAACUACUAUACUGGACAAAUCAUGGAAAUCCUCUUGAGAGAAUUUUCGUCUCCCGAUGAGGAAAUGAAAAAGGUUGUGCUCAAGGUUGUUUCACAAUGCGCCGGUACCGAUGGAGUCACGGCAGGAUAUCUCAAGGAGAACGUGUUAGAUGAAUUCUUCAAGAGUUUCUGGGUUCGAAGAAUGGCAUUGGACAAGCGUAACUAUAGACAAGUGGUUGAAACAACCGUUGAUCUCGGCCAGAAAGUCGGUGUUGGUGAGAUUGUGGAGCGCAUCGUCAACAACUUAAAGGAUGAGAGCGAAGCGUAUCGUAAGAUGACUGUGGAGACUAUAGAGAAGGUUAUUGCCAGUCUCGGUGCUGCAGAUAUUGGCGAAAGACUAGAAGAACGACUUAUUGACGGUAUCUUGCACUCUUUCCAGGAACAGAGUGUCGAGGACAUCGUUAUGUUGAAUGGCUUCGGAACUGUAGUCAACGCUCUUGGUACGAGGUGUAAGCCAUAUCUGCCUCAAAUUGUCAGUACAAUUUUGUGGCGAUUAAACAACAAAUCGGCGACUGUCCGACAACAGGCGGCAGACCUGAUCUCUCGCAUUGCCAUGGUCAUGAAGCAAUGUGGUGAAGAUGCUUUGAUGGGCAAGUUAGGUGUUGUUCUAUAUGAAUACCUCGGUGAAGAAUACCCCGAAGUGCUCGGUUCCAUCCUCGGUGCCUUACGUUCUAUUGUCACCGUGGUUGGUAUCAACCAAAUGCAACCUCCAAUCAAGGACCUACUUCCUCGACUUACACCAAUUUUACGAAAUCGACACGAGAAGGUACAAGAAAAUACCAUUGAUCUGGUCGGUCGUAUCGCUGAUCGUGGACCUGAGAGUGUCAAUGCUAGAGAGUGGAUGAGAAUUUGUUUCGAACUUCUAGAUAUGUUGAAAGCACAUAAGAAGGGUAUUCGUCGAGCUGCCAACAACACAUUUGGUUUCAUUGCCAAAGCCAUUGGACCUCAAGAUGUCCUCGCCACUCUAUUAAACAAUCUUCGGGUUCAGGAACGACAAUCUCGUGUCUGUACGGCUGUAGCUAUUGGUAUCGUCGCAGAAACUUGUGCUCCGUUCACAGUCCUCCCAGCUUUGAUGAACGAAUACCGUGUUCCCGAGCUCAACGUUCAAAAUGGUGUUCUAAAAUCACUUUCCUUCCUCUUUGAGUAUAUCGGUGAAAUGGCUAAAGAUUAUGUUUACGCUAUCACGCCAUUACUCGAGGAUGCAUUGAUUGACCGUGAUCAAGUACAUCGACAGACUGCUGCCUCUGUUGUCAAGCACGUAGCAUUGGGUGUGGUUGGUCUUGGUUGUGAGGAUGCAAUGCUUCAUCUUCUCAAUCUACUAUACCCCAAUCUUUUCGAGACCAGUCCUCACGUUAUCGAUCGUAUUGUCGAAGCUAUUGAAGCUAUCAGGAUGGCGAUUGGCCCAGGUCUUGUACUCAACUAUGUCUGGGCUGGACUGUUUCAUCCAGCACGAAAAGUUAGACAACCUUACUGGACGCUGUACAACAGCGCUUAUGUAUUAUCGGCCGAUGCUAUCGUCCCUUACUACCCAAACAUGGAUGACGAGAAGAUGGAUAGACCAGAUUUGGCAAUUGUGAUAUAA